AUGAGUAGCUACGGUAGCUACGUCGCCUACGGUGGUCGUAGUGGGGGUUCGCCUUACACCAGCAACAUCGUCGAUCCGUACACUCGCAACCUGUCUAAUCACUUUGAGUACAUUGACGCCGAUCAUGGCAUGCUUCAAGAGCCGCAUCGUCACUCUGUGUCCAGACUACAUGAGGUGCCGAUAGAAGACCCUGAUGCUCCGGAUGUCAUCCUUGUGCGAUACAUGGCCUCUCUGUUUCCUGUCGAAUUCCCUCCAUAUUCCAUCAGUGAGGAGACUGCCUAUGUCGGUCAACUGCGAGAAGCCGUCGCCCGGUACUUGCAGACGGAUCCCAGAAGAGUGCGACUGGUGUACAAGAAGCGCGACCUCAAGCACGAUGGGUGGCCGUUGCGAAAAUAUAACAUGAAGCAAAACAGCGAGGUGGCAGCCAUCAAGACCGAGGCGAUCCUGGACUACAGCGAUAGAGAUAGUCACUCGUCGGGCGGUGAGGACGUUCCUGAGCAAAAUCCUCGGCGCCGGCCCCGUGCUGCGUCUUCGGUCAGACAUCGUAGCGACGAGAAUCUGCCACAGCAGAGACCUUCGGCAUCGUCCAGUUUUCUUCAUCCCAACGGACACGUUUCUUCUGGGACCACGUCCGAACGACAGUCUCGCACCAAUCUAAGACCAGAGCCUGAUGAUCGGCCCGUGCGACGCGAGCCGUCUCGCACCCGGGGAACGUCACCUCGACCGUCGUCCACCCCGACACCUAUUCCCACCUCACUGCCUGCGGCGGACCCGAACAGUCCAUUGGGAAAGUUACAGGCCCUUUCGGAUAACUACCACGAGCAAUGGCUUCCUCUGUGCCGCAAGUUCAUCUCCAACCCCCCUUCUUCGGCCCAAGAUCGGGAGAAAGAACACCGCAAGUUGAGUGAGAGCGUCAUGACGCACAUUAUCCUGAAAGCGGACGCAAUUGACGUGGAUUCUACGGAAGCACGUGGAUUCCGAAAAGGACUUUUGAACGAAAUCCAGGAGACGAUGAAGAAGAUAGACGCGGUAGCCAAGGCUUGA